AUGGCGGUCAGCGAGUGUGCACUUGCAGGGGUGGCGGGAGAAGCCUCAGAAAGGCUGGAGACCCCAGCUGCCAGCCUUGCCCAAGGACACGGAGCCACGAGGCCGUCUCCGCUGCGCGCUGGCCUCGGUGCCCUUCCCGUGUCCGCACCGGGAGGCCCCGAGAUGGGCUGCGGGAGGGACCCGCGCAGGCCGGGUGGAGCCGUCCUCCUGUCUGUCCGUCCCGGGGCCUCCCUCCGAGGUCCAGGGCGUCCCCGCCUCGACCCCAAGCCUGCUGGGGUGUUUGUGUCUGGCUCCGCUUCUCGGUCCCACCCUCCUGCGGCCAGGGAGAGGCAGCUCUUGCAACGGGGUCCCCCUGGAAGGGCCCAGGUGACUCGCGACGGCGAGACGCGGAGGUUUAAUCAGCCAGCGGCAGGACGGGACGAAGACCGGCCACCUCUGGGGCCGCGUGGAAACGGAGAGGCUCCUCCCUGCACCAGGGCAGCGUCUUGGGGCAGCGAGGCUCCCCUGAGGGCCCCAGAGGAGGCCGCGGGCUUGGCCUGGGAGCCGUCCGUGCCCGCGGAGCCCAGCGCGGGGGCCACCGUCGCAGGGCCUGGGGGCUGCCCCCGGCCUCUGUCCUCGGCAGGCUUUUCCCGGGGACCCUGCGUCCCCGUCCUCCGUCCCCCCGCCCACAGCGUCACGGCUGCCACCCCCCCCACCCGGUGCUCAGGCUGCUCAGAGCCCGCAGCCCUCGCUCGAGCAGCCCGUCCCGCGGCGAGUCCGGAGGAGGAAGGCCCAGGCGGGGCUCGCCGGCACGCGGGCCGUCGCUUCCUUGUGUUUGGGAAGCUGGACGUCUGCCUCACGUUCCCCUCUCAGCAGAGUCAGGCUGAGGGUCUGCGAGAAACGGUGCCUGGUGCUGGGAUGACUUUCGUGAGUGGCCGAGAGCAAGUGGCUAGAGAGCCCGGUCAGGACGGCCCGGGAUCCUCACCAAACACGAGGCGGCGGGGGGAUGGGACAGCCCCGGUUCUGCUGGGGGAGUGUGCCCGCGAGUGGCGUGGCCGUGCCGUGGGGCUGCGUCGGACCCUCCCCCCUGCCCCCAGCCCCACUGCCAAGCAGACCGCGUGCAUCUCUCCCAAUUCCUCUCCCAGAGACGUCAUGCUGGGGCAUGAAAGUGGCCCUGAUGGGGUCCCUGACACCACGACACUGGCAAAUGCUGGCGUCCCCCGGCUGGACCGAGGCCAGCAAGCAGGGGCCCGGGACCUGCGGGGCGACGUGAGCUGGCUCUGCAGAGCUGAUGACCCCCAGCCAGAGGGUGGGCUCCGGGCAGAGGGCACGGUCUCCAGGCAGCGGGCCUUGAAGGGGCUCACUCUCUCCCACGCUUGCCAGCCGCUGUGGCUCAGCUAUGCCACCGUUAGAAGCCACGGCCUGACUGAAGGGGCGAAGGAGGUGGGUGGGGUCUGGAGCCCCCAGCCCGAGCGACGCUCAUCCUUGAGUGGCCAGACCUUUGUGGACUUGAACGCAAAAGACACCAGUCUUCCCGCCUCCCUGCUCACCGAGACCCCAGCCGCAGUUCCGUGCGUCCCGUCAGGGCAGCUGUGGGACGGCAGCUCUGAGUGGACGGCUGACCUGGACAGACCUCAGAGGACGAGGCCGGCGUGGGGCCGGAAGGCACCGCUGCAGAAGCCCAGGGCCGUGUCCGUCCCCGGGAGCCCACACCUGACGUUCGGGACUGACCCGCCAGUGGGUGUGGCCCUCGGUGCAGACUCAGUCGCUGAGUCGGGCGAUCUAAAUGCUGAUAUCGCCUGGAAACCUCCGCAGCGACCCCCAAGGGCGUUUGGCCCGGCCACGUGGACGCGAGCGCCGGCCGUGCCAGGCACGCGGAGGGAGCACAGCGCGAGCAGAGAGGGGCCCCGCGCGGCGCGUGCGCACGGCCCGCCGCCCUCCCCGGCGAGGACCGCUGGCUGCGCUCCGGCCCCCGCGUUCACGCUGCGACCCGGGUCUCAGCCGGGCGGGACGCUCGGGCCCCGCCGCGCUCCGUUCCGGGCGACGUGCGCAGCUCCAGGGGCUCCAGCGAAGGCAGGAGGGGCCCCCCGCGCUCCUCCAGCAGCGCCCGGGCCACGAGAGCCGGGGGUUCGCCGGGGCCGCGCCGCCCGGCUGAGCGAGGGGCGAGCGGCCCGUGGGGAGCGUGGGCCCGCGGGGCCCCGGGGCUGCGCCGCGCGCCGGGCCUCCCUGCUCGCGGUCGAGAGGUCAGCCCGGGGCCCGGGGCCUGGGUUGGGCCGCAGGAUCCCAGCGCCAGCGACCCUCGAGUCCACGGGCGCCGCCAAAGCAGGGUCCGGGCCCGCCCAGGUUGUGCCGUCGGGGCUGCGCAGCUGCCGCUCGGAGAAGCUUGCGUGGGGCGGGGGCUGGCCGGGCCCCGGCAGCGCAGGGCUUCGGCCCAGACUCCCGCCGGGAGCCCCAGCCGGGAGCCCUGGCGGCCGUGGCCGCGGCCCGGGGGGCCCUGGGGGUCGCCUGGGGGCCCGGGCCCCCAUGUCCCGCUCUGACCGGGAGGGAGCCUGGGCCUGGAGGCCCGCGCUCGGCCUCGGCGCCCAAGCCGUGAGAUGGACGGGGACCCCACACGGGCCGUCUGGUGACCCGGGGCGUGUGCACGGCGCCCCUUGGCUGUCCGCGCGGUGGCCUCGACCCCGUGCACCAGCCCGGCAGCCGCCAGGGCCCUCCCCCCAUGCCCCGCGGACGCCGGCCCCGAAGCCGCUGGAAACAACACACGACGUCGCGGGACAGAGACCUCUCCUCCCAUCGCAUCCCACCCCUUUCCUCCGCUUCACGGAAGACGACAUAAAACACAGCCGAAGGGGUGCCCUGCCCACGCCCCGCCCUGACUCCCUCCGACCCGCGGUGGAAACCCCGUCUGCGCCGCCCGCCCCCGCGGAAACUGCUCUGGCGGAAGCCACAGACGCCUCCUGGUGCCCAAGCCAGUGGCCCUUCUCAGUCCUCAGGGCCCACCCUCAGGGCUGCGGCUCCGGCGGGAGCCCAGGAGAACCCCCACCGACGCUGCUGCUGAGCCAUGUCUCAGAGCUCCGAUCUUCAAACACCCAGAACGUCCCCAGCCGGGGCCGGCCGCCGGUCGUGCUUGCUCCUAAAGGGUCACCUCCUGACCCGACUGCCCGUGGGCCUUACAGAAGAGCCCACCCCUCGCCACCCACCAGGCCUCACACUCUGGGCCUCCAGGCGCCCGUGUGGAGCCCGUGGGACCCCCCCCCCCAUCGCAGAGCCCUGCCUGCGGGGGCGUCCACGGCACCCCAUCUACGCGGCGUCCAGGGCCUGCACACCCCCAUCCGCUCCGCCCCUCCUGGUCCUUGGCUCCUGCCCCCUCAGGCCACAGGCGUCUCCAGUUUGCCCCCAGGCCUGCGUCCCCAGGAGAACGCCGCCCCCGCCAGCGAGGACGUCUGCCCGGCGGUUCUAACCCGCAGCUUCCGUAACUCCCAGAGCAGGGCCUGCGGGGGCCCCUGUGCGUUCCUGCUGCGACGAGGGGAGGUGGAAUAG